UCUAUUUUUCCUCCGAAGAGGUCUUAACACGCCGACCACUUUGCAACGUCGUCCACACCAUUCCACUUUUCACACAAGCGGAGAACCCACGUGUUCAAAAAGCAAUAUUCUAAAAAGCAAUUCGUAUUAAAUAACUCCCACUAUCGUCGCUUCAUAUCAUAUAUCUCCGACUACUUUACCAUUUACUUUCCAUCUUCCCCUUCCUUCAACCUCUGAGAUUCCUUCUGCCAUGGCGUCUGCAAGCUCUCUCAAGGCCAUCUCUUCCCCGUAUAUUUCCAACUCAAUCAGGUCUCCUUCACCCUCCCAAGCUCAAAGACUGUUGGGUUUCAAUCUCUCGCAUUCCUUCCCAACCCUAAAAUCCACACCAACCCUCCAAGGCUUCCCAAACUCCAAGAACUUCACGAGCGCAGCUUUCUUCUCCCAGAAAAAGAAGGAGCCAGCUGAUUCUUCAAGAGCCACAAAAGUUCAAGAACUGCAUGUGUAUGAGAUCAACGAGAGAGACAGAGGCAGCCCAGCAUACCUAAGACUCAGCAAAAAAGAAGUAAACUCACUCGGUGACCUUGUUCCAUUCAGCAACAAGAUCUAUUCUGGGGACUUGGAGAAAAGGUUGGGCGUUACAGCAGGCUUAUGUGUUCUGAUCCAAAACGUACCAGAGAAGAAAGGAGACAGGUACGAGGCGAUCUACAGCUUCUACUUCGGAGACUAUGGGCACAUAUCAGUUCAGGGAGCCUAUUUGACUUACGAGGACACUUAUUUGGCCGUGACCGGUGGAUCUGGGAUCUUUGAGGGAGUGUACGGACAGGUUAAGCUGAAGCAGAUUGUGUUUCCCAUCAAGUUGUUUUACACGUUUUAUUUGAAGGGCAUUUCUGAUUUGCCUGUGGAGCUUACCGGCGGGAAGCCGGUGGUUCCGUCGCCGACUAUUGAGCCAUCUCCGGCUGCCAAGGCCACCGAGCCCAACGCUACCAUCCCAAACUUCACCAACUGAUCAUCUUAUGGUGGAAGGGGAACUUUACCAAAAAAACAAAAAAAAAAAAGCAAAAAGUUGGUGUGGAAUUUCUGGUGUAUGUCGUGGCACCAGCCUCUUGUUUUUUUGUUCUUUUUUAAAGUGUUUUGCUUUUGUGGUUGUGUAUUAAAAUCUUAUUUUCGUUCUCUACUUUAUUGAGAAUCAUGGACGGAUUCAGGCAGGGCUAAUGGAAAAUUUGGAAAUCAUCUGUUAA